AUGGCCGCCGGCUCCCGUGAACAGCAAGAUCGAAACAGAGCUUCAGAAGAACUUACCAUGGUUGUCCAAGAAACGGAAAAAUACUUCCCAUCAGAGAGACCCGAUAAGCUGAGCACUCUAGAUGCCCUCAGCCGUGCCCUUCGCUGUGUUCACGGCCAACAACGCAAGACGAGCUGUAGGGAAAACUGGGUCGUGCAAGUACAUCCGUUUGCUCGCGAACCUCACCCAAGAGGGAAGAGUGGUCAGUGUGGUUCUAGAGACGCUACCUUUGUGGCAACGUUUUCAUUUCUGUCAGGAAGGUUAGUGCACAUUUCUGAACAGGCCGCUUCAAUUCUGAACUGUAAGGAUUCCUUGGAUUCCUCACACUUCGUUAAGCUGCUCGCCCCUCAAGACGUGAGCGUGUGCUACGCACACACCGCCUGUGCUCAGCUUCCCUUCUGGAACAGCUGGACCCAAAGAACAUCUCGGUACGAAUUCACUCCGUUGAAACCCUUUUUCUGCAGGAUCUGCGUCCCACCUGUGGCCGGCAGAAGCCCCUUCAGAAUUUCUACCACAACACACAUCCCAGGGUGUGUGUUUCUUGAAAUAGACGAAAGAGCAGUGCCUCUGCUGGGUUACCUACCUCGGGACCUGCUGGGGACAUCCAUCUUAGCGUACGUGCACCCCGAAGACCGUUCUCACGUGCUUGCUGUCCACCGAAAAGUCUUGAAGUAUGCAGGCCACCCUCCCUUUGAACGCUCACCCAUUCGAUUUUGUACCCAAAAUGGAGAUUACGUCAUAUUGGACUCCAGCUGGCCCGGCUACGUGAACCCAUGGAACUGGAGGGUUUCUUUCAUUGUUGGUCGGCAUAAAGUUCGAACGGGUCUGCUGAAUGAGGAUGUUACCAGAAUAAAAAAUACGAGCCGUAAUGACAAAGACAUAACAGAAUUACAAGAACAAAUUCACAAACUUCUCUUACAGCCGGUUCACGCGAGCGCCUCCGGCGGCUACGGGAGCCGGGGCGUCAGCACCGCACAUGCGCACGCGCACGCAGAGCCGACUCCCCCGCUGACUCCGUCUUGGCUUCGUACAAUGGCUGUCAAAAGAAAAUACCCCCUUUGGAAGCUGACUUUGCAGCACGUCUCUGCCAGUCUAAACAAAAUUAAGAAUCUAGGUUAGCAGCUCUACAUUGAGGCCAUGGCCAAGUCACCAGAUAAGCAAGUGACGGGGGGGUCGGGGGGGGGCCGCAGGACGGCUUGGCGUUCUGCAAGAUGUUACAUCAGUGGGCGCUGGGUAGAGGAGGAGCAGAAGGUCUCUUCUGCCUUCCAGACGUUAAAAAACAAUGGCGUGCACAUGAAGUCUUGUGAAGAUUGGAGGAAAGACCAGCAUGGCCCAUCCUAUCAACAAAUAAAUUGCAUUGACAGUGUUAUCAGGUGUGAGGCCAUGUCGGUUUUUCCAGAAGCUUAUGUUGUCACUGCGGGAUGUCACGCCAUGCCACAGUUCUUGUGCUUAUUGGAAGGGGGCUACCCAGCGGCCAUCGGGGUAGCGAACACAGCACCCGAAGUGACGCCAGCAGAGGAUGCUGUCCCAGUGUGUGAGCCCCGGACCACGUGCUCACACCCCAGCUCUACGGCCUCAGAAGAAUUUCAGCACGUAGGGCUCAUGAACGCUGUGCUGUCAGCGCACACACAGAAGGGGGAGCAGAAUUAUGUUGAUAAAUUCCGGGAAAAGAUCUUGUCAUCGCCCUACAGAGGCUGUCUUCAGCAAGAAAGCAGAACCGAAGCUAAACAUCUGUAUAUUCAAGUGGCCGUGGCAGUGGACGUGGUCCCUGCCGGCAGGAGACGCUGCCACCCGGGCGGCAGAGCAGCGGUCGGGGGAGGGGAGCACGCGCGGAAGAAGCUGUCACAGCGGCUGGACAGCAGCAGCACUAAGGACGCCUUCUGUCCCCACUUCCGAGGGGACGUCCGCGACACACAGCCGGGGGGCCCUUGGCUCGCCUCCUGUCCCGGCUCGCAGGCUUUUCCUGCCCCCCACCCCUUAGAUGCUUUGAUGACCAUUUUCCUGCAUGAGCCCCCGGUCUGUCCCCUGUUGUCACCAUCGUUCCCUCCAUAUCCGUUCUUGGGAGCACCGGGCUCUUCUGAAAGUCCACCCUCAGCACCCGCCGUGGCUGCCAGCCUGGAACCCCCGUGGCUGGUGCUCGGCCCAAGGCGAGCAGGGGGGAGGUAGGGGACGCUGUGUGAAGAGCGCCCGCUCCCUAACUUGAGAAGCAGCUCACCCCUGCAGCUCAACUUACUGCGGCAAGACGUGCUCAGAUCCCCUUCAGGUCGGAUGAGAAGGGAUAGCUGCCCAGAGGCCAAGGGUAAACAUGCACUUCUCUUUUUGUGGCCUUCCUUUCUGCAGCGUGUCCUACUCAACAGUGGUAAUAAGAACAGCCACACAGCAUCACUUCCUGAGGAAUUUCCUUCCGGAGCGGCCUCUGCAGCAUCAGGAAGCAGUGAGCACAGUAUAUACUCUGCUGGUAAUGAUUCUUCUUCUGAAAUCACCUCAAAGGGGCAGCGGUCUCAGAAUGCACAGAAAAAAGAGUUCCCCAAUUUUGCUGAAGAGCCCCUGUGGAGAAGGACAAAACAAACACCCAGGUGCAUUCUCAUGGCGUAUCAGGGACCCAAGAGGGUGAGGGAGACCCUGCUGGAAGGGGACCUGGAGGGGCUGGCGGGCAUGCGGCCGCAGCAGCCCCAGCUUUCACGCGCCCAGAGGGAGGAGCUGGUGGGGCACCCUUGGAGUCAGAGUCGGACCGUCCCUCGAGAAAUAGACCUCCGGGUCAGCACAGUGACCACAGCUGUCGUUCCAGGUGUUCUCCUGUGCCAGGUGGUGCUGCAGGCACUCAGGACUCCUUGCAGGAUCCCGUCAAAAGUCACAACCCUCGGUUCCUUCUGCUUUCCUAUACCUGCUUUACCAACAAACAGCACGGCAAUGUAUACAGAUGGUGAGCCCUUUAUACGUGGCUGGACAGUCCCUCUGAUUUUGAAUACAGGUCUUUUUGACUGCAAGUGUUCUUACUGGUUGGAAUGUUCUGGUACACCUGCUUUGAUAUGUGGCUAACAAGGGAGGAGAGGAACAAGGGACUUGUAUUUCAAAUAUGCAGGUGUGUUUGCACAGAACUAACACUCCAGGUGUCGGCCUCACAGCAGAGCGAGUCCCACCUGGCAGGAGCCUCCGUGAGCCCCAGGUGCUCUUGCGCCAUUGCGAGAUCUUCUCCGUGAGACCAUGUGUGAGCGGCCCGGACAGUGCAGUUUUGAUUUGCUCGUGGCCCUGAUGGUGGCUCCGUGGAAUGGCUGUGACAGUUGUACCAGUAAUGAGCUCGUUAUUCCCACAAGUGUCAAGAUGUGGGAGGUGAUAAUGUGUGAAGUUAAAAAUUAUGGUAAGAUUAGGGGCGCCUGGGUAAGCAUCCAACUUCUCACGGUUUGUGGGUUCAAGCCCCGCGUCGGG